AUGGCUGUGGCGCGCUCCUUCGUGGGCAAACGCUUCCGGCUUGAUGGCUCAGGCCAUCGGAGGGAACGAAAGGGGACCUAUUUCUUCACCGAAAUCCGAGCCGGGUUGGCCACCUUCUUCGCAAUGGCCUACAUCAUCAGCGUCAACGCAACAAUUGUGUCCCAGUCUGGCGGUACCUGCGUCUGCCCUCCAGAUAGUCCCGACCUGUGCGAUAGCGACCCAGACUAUAUGAUCUGCGUGGCUGGCGUUCAGCGAGAUUUGGUUACUGCGACCGCCGCCAUCUCUGCCUUGACCACUUUCUGCAUGGGUCUUUUCGCAAACAUGCCAAUCGCUCUGGCGCCGGGUAUGGGUUUGAAUGCCUAUUUCGCUUAUACUGUUGUUGGAUACCACGGAUCCGGUCUCGUACCAUAUCAGGUUGCUGUUACAGCAGUCUUUGUCGAAGGCUUUGUCUUUGUCGGCCUGACCGUCCUUGGUUUGCGCCAAUGGCUUGCUCGAGCGAUCCCGGCUUCAAUCAAACUCGCCACUGGCGUCGGCAUCGGAUUAUAUUUGACUCUCAUCGGGUUGACCUACAGCGCGGGUAUUGGCGCCGUGGUCGGUGCGCAAGCCACUCCGCUUGAGCUGGCUGGUUGCAAACCAGAGUUCCAGGACGAGGCUGGGCUGUGUCCUUCGGCUGAGAAGAUGCGAAGUCCCACUAUGUGGAUCGGUAUCUUUUGCGGAGGUUUCUUCACCGUCAUGCUCAUGAUGUUCCGUGUCAAGGGCGCAAUCAUCUUCGGCAUUUUGCUAGUCAGCAUCAUCUCCUGGCCGAGAGGGACUCCUGUCACAUAUUUCCCGUACACGGAGCUCGGCGACAGCAUGUUUGAUUUCUUCAAGAAGGUCGUCACUUUCCAUCCUAUUGAGAAGAUCUUGACCGUCCAGGAGUGGAAUAUCUCGGGAUAUGGAGGACAAUUCGGCCUGGCCUUCAUCACUUUCCUCUACGUUGAUAUUCUGGACUGUACCGGCACACUGUACUCCAUGGCUCGGUUCUGCGGCGCCAUCGACGAGAAGACUCAAGAUUUCGAAGGCUCCGCGGUGGCAUACCUUGUUGACGCUUUUGGUAUUUCCAUUGGUGCACUCCUUGGAACACCGCCCGUCACUGCAUAUAUCGAAAGCGGUGCCGGUAUCUCGGAAGGCGGAGGCACUGGUCUCACUGCCAUCACCACCGGGAUUUGCUUCUUCAUCUCUAUCUUCUUUGCCCCAAUCUUUGCAUCAAUUCCCCCUUACGCUACGGGCUGUGUUUUGAUUAUUGUUGGGUCGCUCAUGGCCAAAGCUGCCAAGGAUAUCAACUGGCGCUACAUCGGUGAUGCAAUUCCUGCAUUCCUGACAAUCGCCAUCAUGCCGUUCACGUAUAGCAUUGCGUACGGCCUUAUCGCGGGGAUCAUCAGCUACAUGGUGCUCAACACCUUUGUGUGGAUUAUUGAGAAGGUUUCUGGAGGCCGCAUCAGGCCCGCCGACAAGGAGUUCAAGGACCCCUGGACAUACAAGAUUGAAGGCGGGAUUCUCCCACCCUGGCUCGUGCGUGCUGCCAAGGGCAAAAAGGACUUCUGGCGGCCGUAUGAGGACAUCGAGCACAACACUGUUCCUGCUGGUGCCCCGGGAAUGACCCUCGAGGGCAAGGAUGGCGACAGUCUCAGUGCUACUGAGGCCAUGGCUGCAGCGGGUGCCCCAGAGAGAGGUGGGUUCAAGAGCGAUAUUAGACAUAGCACGACGAGUGGGAGUGAAGAGGGGGAGAAGGUAAAGGUUUGA